AACAUGUAAUGUUUAUCAGGCAAGUGGGUUGGCUUGUGUUUUUUUGUUAUAUAUGUUGGGUUGUCCUGUGCUGGGUCUGGUCUCAUUCUCCUUAUUAAUUUGUGUUAAGUAGCAAACCAAAACCAAACCAAUUUUGUGGUUGUGUGUGAGUGAGAAACUGAGAAUAAUUAUCAAUUAUGGGCCUCUCAAAUUUCCCAAUUAGUGCAUCUGAAGGGGUGCUACCUGUGCUUGUGAUAAACACGGUUUUCUCAGUGGCUUUGUUGAAGAGCAUGUUUAGAUCCAUGCUCCAAGUAGUGUUUGGUGGCAGUGCUGCUAGUAGUUCUUCAAACAUUGAACAUGAUGAUGAAAUUAGUUCAUCAUCAUCAUCACGGGAAAGGAGGGUGUCAAUAACUCAGUACAAGUCAUUGUGCCACAGUCAUGACAUAGGAGGAGGAACAAGUGUGGCUAUGGUGGAGUGCUGCGUUUGUUUGUGUCGUUUUGAAGCCAAUCAAGAGGUUAGUGAGUUGCCUUGCAAGCAUUACUUCCACAGAGGUUGCUUAGACAAAUGGUUUGAGUUUGAUAACAAACACAGCACUUGCCCCUUGUGUCGUUCCAUCGACUAGAGACAUAUACAAAGGUUAAUUAGUUUCAAAUUUACAAUUAGAGCUAGCCAGCUAGCUAUAGUUGUAGUUGUUGCUAUAUAUUGUUAACUUGUUAUAGUGAAAAGAAUCAAUGCCUCUUUUCAUUUCUUUACUUUUAGAUUUGUAAACCUCCUUCAACCCAACUCAGUUUCUCUAUGUUUUAGCUUUUAUAUAUGGAACAUAAUGAGAGAUGACGUUGCCUUAAUUAAUAGCUUGAUUUUGUAUGUGCAA